GGAAGUCCUGUUAUGAACAUAAAUCAGCUGUAGCAGUGAGGAUCUCAUCUGCAUAGAAUAUUUUACAGAGCUCUUUUUUAUCCUUUUCACAGACCACGAUCCGGAAGUAAACAUAAUCUAAUGAUGAUCCAUUCAGAGGACUCGUUUUUCUCAAGUAUUAUUUGCCGGAAUAAGGAAGUACUUGAAUGAAUUUGCUCCAGUGAGUCAGAGGAUGGUGAUUGAGACAAUGAAAGUGUAUUUACUGUCUGUUGCCAGAGUAUAUCCGUUAUUCUUAUAGAAAACGAAGGUUAAUGUGUAAAAAUAACCCAUCAAAGAACGAGUAGUUUUUCUUUUAUGAAAUUUGUGGCUUGCUAUCACCAGGCAGCUGCAUUUAGUUCUCUUGACAAAGGACAGACACAUCAGUAAAUGAUGGAGAAUGAGCUCUUGGAUCAGAUCACGCAUGUCGUUCAUCAACUUGUCUCUUGGGUUGCAUCUUUUGCCAUCAUAUUUGGAGGAGUUGUGCCAUACAUUCCUCAGUACAGGGAUAUUCGUAGGACUCAGAAUGCUGAAGGAUUCUCCACCUAUGUUUGCCUAGUGUUGCUGGUAGCCAACAUAUUAAGAAUACUGUUUAGGUUUGGACAUUACUUUGAGACUCCUCUGCUUUGGCAGAGUAUAAUCAUGAUCAUCACAAUGUUAAUCAUGCUGAAGCUGUGCACCAAUGUCCGGAUGGCCACUGAACUCAACACCAAACACCGCUCAUUCACAGCCACAGACAGCAAGGAUGAGGAAAUUAAAGUUCCUAAGCGCCUCUUUCUGGACUUUGACUGGAAUUACUUCUGGUCUUGGAGUCGUUUCAUGGAUUACCUGCAGUGUGUUCUAGCCUUCACGGUGCUGGUCACCUACGUGACAUAUCUGCUGCUGGACUCUGUUCUGUUCAUAGAGUCUCUGGGUUUCCUGGCCGUAUUCACGGAGGCCAUGUUGGGAACUCCACAACUGUACUGCAACUACCAAAAUAAAUCCACUGAAGGCAUGAGCAUUAAGAUGGUGUUGAUGUGGACCAGUGGAGACACUUUUAAGACCGGUUACUUCCUGUUGACUCAGGCUCCUAUGCAGUUUUGGAUCUGUGGUCUCUUGCAGGUGUGCGUGGACAUCGCCAUACUCUUCCAAGUGUACUACUACAGUCUCUAUCCACAGAAACCUGUCUCACACACUACACACACCACCAGCGCAAAGGCCCUAUGAAACAUACACUCCCACACACAUUAACAUACAUACGGUUUGGACACUGGGCAUUCAGAUGAGAAAAACAAAAUUGGGUGGAUCAGAGUAGUUACCUUUUUUAAUGAGAACUGAUUUACGGAUAUAUAGUAUGGCGUAUGUAUGGGUAUCUGUAUGAUGAUGGAACAAGGAAUGUGCUCAAUAGUCUACAUCUACAACAUUGGCCCCAAGCAGUAUUUGUUCACCAACCACACUUGUGUAAAUGUCCUUGCAGUAGAAAAAAAAAUAUUAAAACAGAUGACAUCUACAAACAAAUGUUUAUACAGCUUUUUGCAGAACUAACUUAAAUUUUCUAAGAUGUCUUGGGAAUCUUUGGGUGUCUUGCACCAUGUCUACACCGGAAGCGACACACGGCUUGUUCUAAUGGGAUUGUUGCGUUGCACCGCGCAGCAUCCAGUGUGGACAAUUUUUUUAUUAUAAUGGGUUCUAUUGCAUUCUAUUGUCUUUUGUCGCAUCGCGCCACGACGCGUCCGAUGUAGACACGCUGUUAGGAGAGUAAGCAGUCACAGGUUUUGUUCAUCACAUUACAUUUUAUUUAAAACUAACUUUUUUCCUUUUUUGCUUAAAAUGUUUACUUUUAAUGCUUACAAUGUGUACAAAAGAAUGCCACUUUGUUUGAUAUUUUGUUUUCUAAUGCAGUGCGAUUGAGACAUUAAGUAUGACUUAAGUUUUCUAAUACUUGGGGCCAUUGUAUGUGCAUAUAGGUAGAACCAACUGCUACACAAAGCGAUGCGUAUGUGCGGUAUCAUAUGGAAAUUUUAUUUAUAUUCACAUAAAAACACGCCAGCCAAGGGCAAUCAUGACGGUUAUGGAGACUUUUGCCUUACAGACUCCAGAAUGACUGGAAAUAUAUCUGACAUCAGAAUAAUGAAUGUAGAAGCUUUUACCAGAUGAAUGCAGUUUUACUUGGUUUUGAGAAUAUAAAGAGAUGUUUACCUCAAUAGACUGGUGUAGUGUUUUACACACACAAGGCCAAGUGAAGAGCACACCAAAAAUCAACCCUUCGCAUUUCAUGGUGUAGUUAGUAGCAGAGGUAGGAGACAAUCUGUACAUUGUUUCUAAAAAAUUGAUAGAAAAGUCUCCUUUUUUGUUUUAGAUAUGUAUCGCAAUCAUACUUUUACGUUACCAUGUUUAUUGAGUGUUCAGUUAGGUUAGGACGACUGAAUAAGAGUUUAUAUACUUACAUUUGACUAGAGAUACUUUGGUAAGUAUUUGCGGCAUAUGAGUUUUAUCUGACUUCAAGGCUAAGUGGUUCACCCCUUAUCCCUAAACAUGGCUCAAAUAUAGUCAUGAUGUUACACACCAUUCACACAGAUGUUUUUGUUUGUUUUAGACAUUCGCACUAAUGUAAUUUUGUCCACAUGAGCAUUCCAGAAUCAUAGUCAAAUGGUAAUAGUCAGAACCCUAUACUUGCCUCAACUGAAUUCUCACCAUUUAGAUUAAAUGGAUUACAUUAGAUUACAGGAGGGUUAUAUUUGAUUACUUUUGUUAUUACUUUUAUUUUUAUUAUCUUUUACUUAUUUAUUAUUUAUUUCUAUAUUCCGUCAUGUCUUUUUGUUUACCUGCUUGAUCUGAGACAUUACAAUAAGUAUUUGACUUGAGCUUCAUCUAUGUGGUGUUUGUCUUUCUGCUAUUACUAUAUUCUGUUACGGUAAAUUUGAUUGUUAGAGUGAUUUUAUGUUUUUAUCUAAUUUUCUAUCAUUUUAAACAAUCUCCUAUUUAAGGUUCUUGUCCUUUGAUGAAUGAAAGUAGUAGUAUGGACGUCUGUUCCCUUUGUGCUGAAUAUGAUUACUUGCGCUGUUCCCAUAGAAAUUAGUAUGGUUACUUUUAUCUUUGCAUCCUCAAAGUUUUUUUUGUUGCAAUACCAUUCCAUCCAAAUAUUGUCGUUAUUGUUAAGUUGGAUAUCAUUGUUUACUCCACAUAUUUGUAAUGCUGCUUUUUUAAGUUUUGUUAAUAAAUUUCUUGAAAAAUAUGCUGUUUUGUCAUUUAUAUCUGAAUUAAUAUAUAAUUUAUAAUUAAGAAAUAGUUUUACAAUCAGAUUUACCACAGAUGCAUACAGUGUGUACCUUUUAUCAAUAAAAAAACAAACAAUGUUUUUAAACCACUUCUAAUCUGUUGAGUUUGGAUAUCGCUGCUGUCCUUCUGAAACCUCGUAUCUCCAUAUUUCAUGAUU